GCCCUGACUUGAUCAUUUACAUCCAUGAACCUGUUCCGAACGUGCGGUAGAUCAAUUCAAUUCCUCCGACAGCGCUCUCGCCCCUUCUCCGCACCGUCAACCUCAGCCUGGCCCAAUAAUCCCUUCCAUCUAGCUAUUCACUCUACGAUCCCCCGACGAACCAUGGCGUCUGCAAUGGCCAAGCGCCUCGAAGGCAAGACCAUCCUCGUUACCGGUGCUUCUUCCGGUAUUGGUAAGAGCACUGCCAAGGAGUUUGCGCGCACAUCGCCCAACAACCUCAAGAUCAUCGUGACUGCGCGUCGCCUGGAAGCGCUGAACGAGCUCGCGGCUGAGAUUAAGGCGGAGGUCGGCGAUGGCGUUAAGGUUCUCCCCGUGAAGCUUGAUGUCAGCAAUCCGGAGGAGAUCAAGAACUUUGUUCCUUCUUUGCCUGUCGAGUUCAAGGAAAUUGAUGUGCUUGUCAACAAUGCUGGGCUUGUCAAGGGUGUCGCCCAGGCUCCCGAUAUCGCGCCCGAGGAUAUGGCCGUUAUGUUCAACACCAACGUCACCGGCCUUAUCAACAUGACACAGGCCAUUUUGCCCAUCUUCAAGAAGCGCGACGAGGGCGGCCGUGGUGAUAUCAUCAACAUUGGAAGUAUUGCUGGUCGUGAGCCUUACGCUGGUGGUGGUAUCUACUGUGCCACCAAGGCUGCCGUUCGCUCUUUCACCGAUGCUCUGCGCAAGGAGCUUAUCGCGACGAGAAUCCGUGUUAUCGAGAUCGAUCCCGGUCAAGUUGAGACUGAGUUCUCUGUUGUGCGAUUUUACGGAGACAAGUCGAAGGCCGAUGCUGUCUACAAGGGUGUUGAGCCUCUUACUGGUGACGACAUUGCCGAGGUUGUUGUCUUCGCCGCUGGUCGUCGUGAGAACGUGGUCAUCGCCGAUACCCUGGUCUACCCCAGCCACCAGGCCGGCGCUGGUGUCAUGCACCGCAAGUCCUAAUCAUUUCGCCGAGUUACGAAGUGGAACACAUGAUAUAGAUAGACAGCAUCCAUUUCUUGUACAUGGUUACACAAUAUAUGAAGUUAUGCAAAGAUGAGCUGUCUGUGCCACCCUGGACGCAGGUUGUUGUCGUCCUGUGAAUUAAUGUAGAUUUCACCUGGCUAUUCAUAAUCCCAUUUGUUGGCAGCCCAUGCUGCAGUUGCCCAGUCUACGUUACUCCCGACUACCUACUUCACCUCGAACAUGUUCGAGAUAUCAGGGCAAAGUCAAUAUAUGUGAAACAUCCGAUUACAUCAUUUCAAAUGGAGUAUCAUACGCUCUUCCAUGGGGGCAUUAAAGUGUCUUCGCUUCACCCCGCAGCCAAUGUGCGUGGUAACUAAGGCAGAAAUUAUUUAAAAUUGACCAUCACGUUAACAAACCUGUAGGCAGGGCGGAAUUUGCAUGACAGCCACGGAUAACCAUAGAUAUCGAUUGCUCACGUUGAAGAUGUGCUGCUGUGCUGUACCUGCAUGCGCCGGAGAACAUGCAGAAAAGGCAUGGUUCAUAAUAUGCCGGGCCUUUUAUUGCUGUGUGAGUUGGCAAGGGGCGAUGUGAUUGGGCUUGCUGUUCACUCUUCGUAGACUUGACGUCGCCCUAGACUCAGAAUAUCGAUACCCAAGGUAAGGUAGAUUGGUAAGCAGUGAUAUCUAAGGUUCGAAGCUCCUACUCCACAUGUCGUGAGAGCCCAACUGUUUGAACAGAUAUCCUGUUGUAUGCAGUCAAAAAAGAAAUUUCAGGUCUAUCGAAUGUCAUCACGAGGAUCAAUUACCUGCUCCAUGCACGGAAUAACCCCGCGCAAAUUUGACUGGCCAAAAAGAGGGCCACAAAAGGUGCAUUGCUGCUAUGUCGCCCUGGUCUGAGUUCCAGCCGGUCUCAUGGUCUUGUCAUGCAUCUCAUUUCCCCUGGAAAACCUCGAAUGGUGGUGGUUGAUAUCCAUCGCUUCUCUAUCCAUGGAUAGAGAAUGCAUGGGUAAGCUGUUCAAAUUCGAACUGAGGAUGACAAUUAGAUAGUGCGUAGAUGCCUGAAGGAUGGUAUGUUUGUUGAUAGUGGAGCUUGAAGGACUCAGACCGCUAGUUAGCCACGUUAGGCUUGCUUGGAUCAAUCUCAUGGAUUUACAUUUUGAAAGAUGAUGUGGGUUUGACGUAGUUGAAGGUUCCCGAG